AUGAAAAGGCUAAAGCCUUUGUUAAGGGAAUUCAACAAGAGUUAUUUUUCUGACAUCUCAAGUAGAGUGAUUGCUAAGAGAGCUGAACUGGAAUCGAUUCAGAUUUAUAAUCUUGGCCAUGUUGAUCGUAGAAGAGUGGCUGAAGAGAAAAUGGUUCAGGCAGAAUUAAUUGAAUUGGAAACUGCAGAAUCUGAGUUCUAUAGACAAAAAGCAAAAGCUCACUGGUUGAAGGAAGGCGACAUGAGUACUAAAUUUUUUCAUCAAAGAGUUGAGUCAAAUAAGAAAAAGAAUACUAUCAUAAUGAUCAAAGAUGAGAAUGGGGAGUUCCAUGAAUCUUUUGAUGGCAUCGCUUCUGAACUUGUUAAUUUUUUCAAGGGUCUCAUUGGCACACCUGACCCUUUGGUGAAGGGCUGUUCUGUAGAAUGGCUGAAAUCCCUGUUGGAUUACUCCUUGCCUGAUGGAGCUGAUGUAUCCCUUGUUGGUGAGAUCACAGAUAAGGAGAUUAAGGAAGCACUUUUCAUACAGGAAAAGGAUAAAAGCCCAGGGCCAGAUGGUUACACUUCUUGGUUUUUCAAGGUAGCAUGGGAGAUUGUUUGUAAAGAUUUUUUGAAUGCUAUAAGGUAUUCUAUUUCUUUAAACGGUAGUUUGGUAGGGUAUUUUUUGGGAGCAAGAGGAGUGAGGCAAGGAGAUCCAUUGUCUCCUUACCUCUUUGUUAUUGUAAUGAAUGUGCUUUCAGUUCUGCUGAAUGUUGCUGCAAGGGAUUGUGUAUUUAGGUUUCAUCCAAAGUGGAAGAAAAUUUGUCUUACCCACCUUUGUUUUGCUGAUGAUCUGCUCCUGUUCUGCCAUGGGUCUCUUGAUUCUGUUAUGGGGGUUGUUAGCAUUCUUGAUAGGUUUUAUGAACUUUCUGGUUUAAGAUUAAAUGCUAUGAAAUCUGAGUUUUUUGCUUGUGGGGUGUCUGUGAAUAGUCUGUUGCAGAUUCGAUUAGCUACUAGCUUUAAAAUUAGCCAGCUACCUGUUAGAUACCUAGGAGUGCCUUUGGUUACUCAGAAACUUACAAGUAGGGACUGCUCGGCUUUACUUAUUAAAAUUAAGAGCAGAAUUGAUGUUUGGUCUAGCAUGCACCUAAGCUUUGGGGGGAGACUUCAGCUUGUUAAAUCUGUUCUGUUUAGCAUCUUUGGCUAUUGGAGUAGACAGCUGGUCUUGCCAAAAGGUGUUAUUAAGGACAUCGAAAAGCUUUGUGGUAUGGGCCAGAGGAAGUUAACUGAUUGGAGCAAGGCUUGUUGCCUUAUGCUUGUUAGGAAAAUCCUUGUUGAUGAUGGUUCCUUGUGGAUUGCAUGGAUCAAAGGUUAUUGCUUCAAAACUAUGGAUUAUUGGAAUGUUGGUUGCAAAACCCAUUUUAGCUGGAUUCUCAGAAAAUUGCUAAAGUUAAGGGAUGAAGCUAGGAGACUGUUCUGGUCUGCUAUCAAUUUGACACGGAUCAAAGAUGGUUGGAUCUGGGAUAAUGUUUGUGAUAGGAGGGACAAAGUUGAUUGGCAUAGACUUAUCUGGUUUGCAGCUCAUAUUCCCAAAUUUUCUAUUAUAGCUUGGAUGGUGAUUCUUGAUAGGCUGCCAACAAAGGACAUAUUAGUCAGAUUUGGCAUGGUGACUGAUAACGUAUGUGGGUUAUGUGGUGUUGGACAGGAAUCCAGUAAUCAUCUCUUCCUGGAAUGUUCUUAUGCAACAGAGGUUUGGGGUGCUAUUUUGCAAGCUUGUGGGCUUCAGCUUCAGGUGCUGCACUGUUGGAAUGACGCUUUGCGCUGGCUGAUAUUGAAUUUGAAAGCAGCUUGUUGUUUUCUUUCGGAUGAAUAA